UUUCUAACUAGAAACUUUCAUUUCUAGGAAUUUGCCAAUUUUCGGUAGGUUUUGUUACACUCAGCACACCAGAUACAAGAUUAAUUAAACUCGCAAAAAACGUUAAAAGCAAAUGAUCCCUUAUCAGCUUUAUACCACUUACGAAAGCAACCGAGAUCGCCGAAAGCGAUACUCAAAUGAAAAUCACAAAUACCACGAUCCCGGAGUUUUAAUAGGAAACUGGUUUGAAGACCGGGCUCGCAUAGAAGCUGAAACAGAGGAUAUUUUACAUAAGUUCUCAAAAAAUGGUUUAGCAUUUCAGAUAUUGGAUAAAUAUGUAAGUUUUUUGAGCAAACCUAUUCACCUUACACGAAAUACUGAUGGAUUUUUGCAUCAUGGAGAUAUUGUUCGUCUGAAAUGGACAGAUGAGAAAAAUGGCGUGUUUUAUUUGGCAGCGCUACCAUUAAAACUGGAAAAUGACGGUUCUUUCGGAGAGCCAUGUCUAGCACUGGGAACCAGAGAUUCGAAAAUAACGGAGAGAUCAGCAUUUCAUAUUUUUAGAAACAAUAAUGAUAUUUCAAACCAAGUUCCAUUGAUGUAUGAUGAAAGAGUUUUAAUUUGUACCACUGAAAUCACAGGUCGAAGGAUCCUGAAUUGUGAGCCCAAGACAUUUUUUAAAUUUGCCAAACAAUCCGGACAUCAAGAAGUGACGUGGGUUAGAGAACUAUCUAGCAGGGGACUGUGGAAGGUUUUACAUGUAGAAAAGAAUAAGCGCCUUUGGACUAGAGGACAGUAUAUACCAGUUAACACUAAUAUUGUUAUAUGUCAUCUAUCGACAGGGCAACGUCUGGCUUUAGAAAGAGAGACAUCCAUCUCUACUUCUUUUGGUAAAGAAAAAGAGGUGUCUGGUCAUUCUUAUGAAGAUAAUCACAAGACAGAAGGAAUUGAAAACGUAUGGCAAUUUGAAGCUCCCUUGAUAAAAGAGGAAGAAUACGGACAGCCCAUGAAUAUUCCGCAAUGUACUUUGUAAAUUGAAAUUUAUAUCAUUGUGCCGAAUUUCUUAUUUUUGGUGAGGAUACUUUACUUUCUUGUAUUAGAUAUUUUUCACGUUGAAUCAAAUUUAAAAUAACAUAAGCAUACCCCCAAAAAGUGUUUGUUAAUUAGUUGUCGUUUAAUCUAAAUUCAUCAAAAUUGUAUAAGGUUUUUAGAGCAUAUUCCAAGAACUAAAACUCAAGUUGAUGGAAGUCUUUACUUAUUUGUAUGAAUGUGAUUGUCUU